AUGGCGCUGAACCGCAAGUACGCAGCGUUGCCAGAUCUGGACUCAGCACCAGAUGUUUACGAGACCCCAGAAUUGACAGACGACACUUCCACGGUCCCAACAACAACGGUGCAAUCGCAUUCCGACAACGAAUUCGACGACGACCUUGACGACGAUAUAAACGGCAUUUCCCGGUCACGACUUCGCAUAGACCAAGCGAGGUCUCGUUUCCUGCCUGCCGGCGUCGACGCAACCGGUGUUGACUUCUCAGACCGAGUCGAUGGCAAGCGCAAGUCCUACAAGGCCUCGACCAGGCGCCAGCGCUUUCUGCAAGACGGCACCGAGGAAAUUGGCGAUCUCAGCGACGAAGAUGACGAGGAUAACCUAGAGAGAAAGAUUGCGCGCCUGCAACGCGAGGUUGAAGAGGCUAGGGAGGAGUAUGGCAAACGAAGGGAGGCCGCCGCCCAAGCCGGCGGGGCUGACCAGGAGGAGAAGCUUGGCUCUCUUAGCAAGGUUCUCGACGAGAUUUCCAAGACCAUUGAGCCUCACACCAAGAGCACAGGUGUCGCGCAACCUGCGCCGCAAGCGCCCAAGGAAUUGCAAGCGGGAUCGCAGGAUGCAUUGGCAGCGGGAAGUGCAGCAACCUACACUGUCACAUAUGCUCCCACAUACGAACAGAGUCACGCUCUCGCCAAAGCCGCGGACUUUGAUCGCCGUCUUGUUCUGUUGGAGAAGGCUAUUGGAGUUGGCUCUUCGGCCCUGCCAGAGGUCGACAUCAACGGCUUGCCCAGGGCAAUUCUGCCAACUCUUGAUGGCCUGCAGAAGCAGAUUACUACUUUGUCACAAGCGUCAACGUCCAAUCUGGACACAAUCAGUCGUCGCGUGCGUACUCUCAUUCAGGAGGCACAGGAACUAGAGAAGGCCCGUCAAGGGGCUAAGUCUGCACAAGAGACGCUGGGUAAUGGCGGUACGCCUAGUGAAGAGGCGCAGGCACCGGAGCAGGUGGCCAAGAUCAACGCACUUUAUGGGACUCUGCCAACGAUUGAGAGCCUGGCUCCUCUGCUGCCGCCGCUAUUGGAUCGUCUUAGAUCCCUUCGGGCUAUCCACUCCGAUGCUGCGACGGCAAGCGAGAUGCUUGAACGAAUUGAGAGACAGCAGACCGAUAUGGCUACUGAUCUCAAGCAGUGGAAGGAAGGAUUGGAGAAGGUUGAGGAAGCUAUGAAGGAAGGCAGCACGUCCAUGGCGGGCAACAUGAAGGUAAUGGAGGCCUGGGUUAAGGACUUGGAGGGGCGCGUUGCAAAGUUGUAA